GUAUUGUACAUACUUAGGUAGAUGCGAAGUAGAAAUUUAAGGAAGAUUCACACUACGUACGAAAACAAUAAUUUUCAUUUUGUUCAAACCGUCCCCAUACCUUGAAGCAUAAGUAUUUCAUUUGAAGAAACGAAUCACCUUACAUUCGUCAGACAGAUCAGGAUGAGAAACGUAAUUCGUUGAAAACGCGCAACGAUGUGGUGUCAACCAAAGUUGUACCCUGGAAGAUCGCAUUUGCGAAAAUUCUAUUUGCCAUGGAAUACAUAUCGUCGAGGUAUAAGCUCUACAACUUCAAGACUCGAAGACAAUUCACAUCCAAAUGUUAUAUCAGCACCUCCAAAAGAAGCUCGUGUUGUUAUUUGCGGAGGAGGUGUUGUGGGGGCGGCUGUUGCUUAUCAUCUUGCUCAGAUGGGAUGGGGACCCCAGACAAUUAUAGUUGAAGGUGGCAGAUUGGGGGGUGGUACGACAUGGCAUUCUUCCGGCUUGAUUGGAGCAUUUAAACCGAGUCUUGCUCAAUUAAAAUUAGCUCAAAACAGUAUUGCGUUGUACAAAGCAUUGGAGAAAAUUGGGAGACCUACUGGGUGGAAACAAUGUGGAAGUCUUUCUCUCGCGCGCACCAAAGAUCGUAUGACUGUAUUUCGCAGGAUGAAAGCACAGUCUGUCUCCUGGAAUAUAGAAUGUGAACUGAUAUCUGCAGAAGAUGUUACACAAUUGUGUCCCAUGCUAAGAGUAGAUGACUUGGCUGGUGCUUUAUGGAUUCCUGGAGACGGUGUCGGUGAUCCAUAUCAAACUUGUAUUUCAUUGAUAACAGAGGCUCAAGAGAAGGGUGUUAGGGUGUACGAAAACUGCAAAGUGACGCACAUAGUCAACAAAGAAAACUCUAUUGAGGCUGUUGAAACAACAUGCGGCACUGUUGAAUGCCAGUUCUUUGUUAACUGUGCUGGUUUCUGGGCACGAAGUGUUGGGAAACUAAGUGAGCCUUUUGUCAAAGUUCCUUUGCAUCCAGUGGAACACUAUUAUCUGCAUACAAAACCAAUGGUAGGUUUAGAUCCAAUGACACCGGUUAUUCGUGACUUGGAUGGAUACAUAUACUUCCGUGAAAAUAACGGUCGACUACUGGCUGGUGGAUUUGAACCUGUCGCCAAGCCAGCCUUUGAAAAUGGAGUAAUCCCUGGUAAUACUAACGAGCGAUAUUUACCUGAAGAUUGGGAUCAUUUCCAUGUAUUACUGGAACAAAUGCUCCAUCGAAUGCCUAGUUUAGGAAAUGUUGUGCUUGAAAGAUUAUGUAAUGGCCCAGAGGCAUUCUCACCAGAUUGCAAGUGGAUUGUAGGAGAGGCUCCUGAAAUACAAAAUUAUUACAUUGCUGCUGGAAUGAAGACUGUUGGCAUAUCAGCUGCUGGAGGAAUCGGUCAGGCAACAGCUGAGCUGAUAGUAAAUGGUUCUACGUCGCUCGAUAUGUAUGAACUGGACGUUUCUCGUUUUCUUGGGCUCCAUAACAAUCGAAAAUUUUUGCGAGAUCGAGUAAAAGAAGUUCCUGGUAUGCAUUACGCAUUGCAAUAUCCCCAACACGAGUUUCAAACUGGCAGAAAUCUGCGAAUGUCGCCAAUAUAUCCAAAAUUAAGAGAAGCUGGUGCUGUAUUCGGGCAAGUAAUGGGAUACGAAAGACCAUCUUGGUUUCAACCAGCAGAUGAAAAUGACAUAGACCCGAUUGAUGGAUCGCGGAAAUACAAAAUUGCAUACACGAACACAUUUGGUAAGCCGCCCUGGUUUGAUUAUGUUGCAAACGAGUAUGCAGCUUGUCGUGAAACAGUUGGGCUGAGUGACUACUCGUCUUUUACGAAAAUCGAUUUAUGGUCGAACGGUACAGAAGUUGUGGACUUGCUUCAGUAUUUGUGUUCGAAUGACGUUGACGUACCAGUUGGCAGCAUCAUUCAUACUGGAAUGCAAAAUCAUUUGGGUGGUUAUGAAAAUGAUUGUAGCUUAGCAAGAAUUGCUGUGAAUCACUAUAUGAUGAUUGCCCCAACAAUACAACAAACUCGUUGCAAAAACUGGAUUCGACGUCAUUUACCUUCUGACGGAUCAGUAGCGGUAUCAGAUGUCACCUCAGCUUACACAGCUAUUUGUAUUAUGGGUCCUGCCACUCGAGAAUUGCUGUCUGAACUUACAGAUACAGAUCUAAAUGCAAAGAACUUUCCCUUUUUCACUUUCAAGGAACUCGACGUCGGCUUAGCCAAUGGUAUAAGAGCGAUGAACCUCACACACACGGGAGAGCUCGGGUAUGUCCUGUAUAUACCAAAUGAGUUUGCUUUACAUGUCUAUACCAGGCUGAUAGAAGCAGGAGAGAAAUACGGGAUAAUGCACGCUGGUUAUUAUGCUACGAGGGCUCUUCGUGUUGAAAAGUUUUAUGCUUUUUGGGGUCAAGAUUUGGACACGUUUACUACACCAUUGGAAUGUGGUAGAGCCUGGCGUGUGAAAUUCGAUAAAAGCGUAGACUUCAUUGGUCGAGAUGCUUUAUUGAAACAAAGAGCAGACGGCGUCCGUCGCAAGUAUGUUCAAUUAUUAGUUACUGAUCAUGACCCUGAUAUUGAUCCCUGGUGUUGGGGUGGGGAGCCUAUUUACCGAGAUGGAAAAUAUUGUGGCAUGACUACAACAACUGGUUAUGGUUUUACGUUCAAGAAACAAGUUUGUCUUGGUUUUGUACAAAAUUUAGACGAGAACGGAAAAACUCAAGAUGUGUCAAAUGAAUAUGUUUUAUCUGGGGACUAUGAAAUUGAUAUCUCAGGUAUCAAAUUUCAUGCAAAAUGUCACCUCCACAGUCCCAAUCUACCAACCAAGUUCCCAGACACAGAGAGAGACUCAUAUCACGCUACCCGUGAUUUACAAAGCACAUAACGUAUUCAAUUAAUAUUUGUUACAAGUUGUACAAAUAAUGUAUAUAUUUCAUGUGAAUAAAUUAUUUAAUAUUUAUAAAUUA